GGUAAUAACAGGAAGUUACACCCAAUCGUUCGUUGCCGACUCUGCACAAGGUAUUCAAGCAUUUUUGCUGGUCAUGGUGUGUGUGUGCAGCUGGCUUUCCAAGUGCUGGAUAUGUGUCUGGGUGAUACUUCAUCUGUGCAGUACCAUUUGUUAUGCAGCGGAUUUCCAGGUAGUUGGUCCAGAAGGUCCUCUUACUGCUGAUGCUGGUGGAGAUCUGGUCCUUCCCUGCUCCCUGAAGCCCAGUAUGAGUGCUGAAGGGAUGACUGUGGAGUGGUUCAGACUGGAUGACCAAGGCCAGAGUUCCGUAGUGCACCUUUAUAAAGACCACAAAGAUAUAAACACCAAUCAAAUGUCGUCUUACAGGGGCAGAACAUCCCUCUUCAAGGAAGAACUGAAGAAAGGAAAUGCUUCACUACUUAUCAAACAAUUGAGUGUUGCUGAUAGAGGACACUACAAAUGCUUCGUACAAUCUACAGACUACGAUGAUAUCUCUGUACAACUCAGUGUUAUAAGCUCACUCAUUUCUUUGCAUAAAGUUGAUGGUGAAGGAUUCAGCUUAGUGUGUGAGUCCUCUGGAUGGAACCCUGAGCCAGCAGUUGUUUGGUUGGAUGGUGAGGGGAGGAGCCUAUCAGCUAACAAUCAAGAGUGGAACUCUGAUGGAUUGACAGUCAGCCGACGCCUGGCUGUGGACAAGUUGGAAAAGAACAGCACCUACAUCUGUAGAGUAUCUCAGGCUGACAAGAUGAAGGAGACCAUCUUUCACAUUAAUGGUGUUGUUGCAAUGAUGGCCACUUUAGUUGCUGUGGCCGUCGUGGUUUCCGUUGGUGACGUUUCUGACGCAAUUUAUAAACGUCAAAAGGUUCUGGAUCUACAUUGGCCCCUCCCAUUUUCCAGCAGGUGGGCUGGCAGUAAGCUGAAAAGUUGUGGGUUCAAUUUUCUGGCUUCCAUCAUUGUGCCAUUGAUCAAAGGCACUGAACCCCAAGUUGCUAUGGGGUCAAUGACUCUUGUAAUAUGACUUACAUUUGUAAGUCACUUUGGAUAAAAGCAUUUGCCAAAUGAAUGAUGUAGGAGAUGUGGCAGGUCCUCUUUGGUUGGCCUCAUUAAAGGUCAGGAAUCGAAGGACGCGUUUGUUUCGCCCAGCAGACGGGCUUCCUCCCACCAUCUGCAUUUUGAUCCAUCACACUUGCACCACAUCUGUAUGUUGUCUUCACUGUGCUGACUGUUCCUAAAUGCUUUAUUAAAAAUGUUUUUAUUUUUAAAAAUUG